UUAAAGGCGGCGCUGGGAAAUCCUGCACAAUCGACCGCUGCGGGGACCCUUCAUCCUGUUUUCCAGCUCCUGCAACUCGACCGUCCUCCCAUCUCUCCGUUCAAAAUGCGCGAAAUCGUGCACCUGCAGGCCGGCCAAUGCGGAAACCAGAUCGGAGCAAAGUUCUGGGAGGUGAUCAGCGACGAGCACGGCAUUGAUCCCACUGGUACCUACCAUGGUGACAGCGACCUGCAGCUAGACAGGAUCAGCGUCUACUACAAUGAGGCCACAGGUGGAAAAUAUGUGCCCCGUGCCAUCCUGGUGGAUCUGGAGCCCGGUACGAUGGAUUCAGUCAGAUCUGGUCCGUUCGGGCAAAUCUUCAGGCCGGACAACUUCGUCUUUGGUCAGAGCGGCGCUGGGAACAACUGGGCCAAGGGUCACUACACGGAGGGAGCGGAGCUGGUGGACUCCGUGCUGGACGUGGUCCGUAAAGAGGCCGAGAGCUGCGACUGCCUCCAGGGCUUCCAGCUCACUCACUCUCUGGGGGGAGGCACCGGCUCGGGGAUGGGCACCCUGCUCAUCAGCAAAAUCCGCGAGGAGUACCCCGACCGCAUCAUGAACACCUUCAGCGUGGUGCCUUCCCCCAAAGUGUCCGACACGGUGGUGGAGCCUUACAACGCCACGCUCUCCGUCCACCAGCUGGUAGAGAACACAGACGAGACGUACUGCAUUGACAAUGAAGCCCUCUACGACAUCUGCUUCCGCACGCUCAAACUCACCACUCCCACCUACGGAGACCUCAACCACCUGGUGUCGGCCACCAUGAGCGGGGUGACCACCUGCCUGCGCUUCCCCGGCCAGCUCAACGCCGAUCUCCGCAAGCUAGCUGUGAAUAUGGUGCCGUUCCCCCGUCUGCACUUCUUCAUGCCCGGGUUCGCCCCGCUCACCAGCCGGGGCAGCCAGCAGUACCGCUCGCUCUCCGUGCCCGAGCUCACCCAGCAGAUGUUCGACGCCAAGAACAUGAUGGCCGCCUGCGACCCGCGGCACGGCCGCUACCUCACCGUCGCCGCCGUCUUCCGGGGCCGCAUGUCCAUGAAGGAGGUGGACGAGCAGAUGCUGAACGUGCAGAACAAGAACAGCAGCUACUUCGUGGAGUGGAUCCCCAACAACGUGAAGACGGCCGUCUGCGACAUCCCGCCGCGGGGCCUCAAGAUGGCCGCCACCUUCAUCGGCAACAGCACGGCCAUCCAGGAGCUGUUCAAGCGCAUCUCCGAGCAGUUCACCGCCAUGUUCCGCCGCAAGGCCUUCCUCCACUGGUACACGGGCGAGGGAAUGGACGAGAUGGAGUUCACCGAGGCCGAGAGCAACAUGAACGACCUGGUGUCCGAGUACCAGCAGUACCAGGACGCCACCGCCGAGGAGGGCGAGUUCGAGGAGGAGGGAGAGGAGGAAGUCGCCUAAGAUAACCUCGUCGUACACAGCUACUAUACCUCAUUUUUACGUCUCCCGACCCCUUUCCAUUCUGAAAUUGAAGGGUUCUCCGCACUGAACCAGCUAGAUUGUUGUUGCUCUAGUGUUAGACGUUGAUGUUAACCGGUACUAGUGACGUGAUUGGUUUACAGAGUUUUGUGCAUUGUGAAAGCACUGGAUUAUUGAGCUCCAUACAUUUGUCCCGUCAUUGCCUUGCCAUGCCCGAAAGCAAGUGAUUUCAACUGUGAAGCCUCGAAAAUGGAGAAGUGAAUAAAAUCACACUGAAAGGCCUUUUA